AUGGCUUCCUCGCAGCUGUCGCAGGGUGCUUCAGAGUUCAGACAGACCAGCACUCGAAGUCUCCAAUCUCCAUCCGAGUUGUGCGCCAGAUGCGCCAUCCGAGAAAAGCCACUCAACUCAACGUCGUGGGAUUUCGAGAUCAAAUUCAUCGCGAUGACAUGGUUCUUCCAAUACUCAUUACCCUAUUCAUUGUGGGGAACCGCGGGCCUCUCUCCCUCGUGCUCGACUGGACCGUCCUGGGGGCUUGAAGGUCAAAUCGACCAAAGCGUGAAUCGACUCCAAAGACAACCGCGUGAGGGGCGUCGAAUACACUAUUUGGGAAAUCCAAGUGUCCAGUCAUCUAGUCGUCUAGUUGAGAAGCAUUUCUGCGCCACGUUCGCCAGCAUGGGUUUCUACGCUUCGAUUGAAUGUAUCCAAAUGCUGCAUCGGGUGCAUCCAUUGGUUCAGACUCCACACGUUGUGGAAAAUACGGUGUUCCACAUGAACGGCGCCCGGUCUUACUACGUAGUAUGCGUUGUCCCGGAUGCCGCGAGAUUCGGUGUACGCUACUCAUGCACUGUAGAAUACUUGGCUGGAGCUGGUGCGACCUUGGGUUGGUACUUGGUAAGGGACUACGUACUCCUGUGGGCACUGGGCAGUUCGCCACGACUAACAAUGGGCUUUGAAGCUAUACUACGUAUGCCCCACCGAAGUCCUCGGUCAUCCGACUUGAUUCUACGAGGCCGAGCUCGUAGUGACGCCGCCACUCCGUGA